AGGAGCGAGUUUGGCCCAAGCUUCUGGCCCUGUCGCCGCGCACUUCUGACCAGAGCCAACGCUAUGGUCGACUACAGCAGGUGGGAGCAGCUCGCGGCGGAGCUGUCGUCGUCGGACGAGGAGCUCGCGGCGGGCCGCCCUCAGGGGCCGCCGCGGCAGGACCACAUCGACGAGCUCCUGGGGCCGCGGGCCGACGGCUUCCCCGACUUCCGCCGCCCGCUUGGUCGAGGACCAGAGGCCCCAAGGCGUCCGCAGGGGCCAAGCCCAGGACUCCGACGAUUUGAAGGUUCAAUCCCGGCGCUCUUCCUCGAUUUCGGCCUCCCGUCAUCGGGGCCCGGGGCCGUCCACAGUUGUUCCAGGACGAAGAAUUACCCCCGGGGAAGGGGUCGGGAUCUCUGGGGCCGCACAUUGAACAAAAACGCAUCGUCGGAUGCCUGGAAGUUCAGAGGAUUCGGGCUUGGUCCAUCGAGUUGCCGUGUCACUGAGCCACAAAACGAGUUUCGGGCAGCGCCAGCGGCAGAAAAGGACAGCUCGGAAUUCCGGCGCCCUGGCGCCGCAUCCGCAGCACCUUUGACGGCGCCAAUGCGCAGGAGCGUACAGUGCGCAUUGUCUUGUCAGGCCCUCGUGGGGAUCGAGGAGGGGAGAGGGUCGAAUAUCGAAACAGCUUCUUAACGCUCUUGAGCGCUUCGAUUGUUUUUUUGGGGGGUGUGGGAGUGAUCCUGGGGGGGUCCUAUUCCCUUUCCUCUCCUGGAGGUGACAACUUCCCAAGUGAUGGCCCCUGUUCGCAUUGCCUGGAGGACGGUCGGGUGAGCACACCGGUCUGGAGAAGGGGCUUCGCCUUCUAGGGAACGAGGGGCUGACAUCUCUUCCUCGGCAGAAGUAAAGCGAGGGAGGCUCCGCCGGCAGAAGCCAGCGGGAGCAAAAAAUGCCCCACCCCAAAGACGUCGACGUCUUCGGAUUUGGAGCUGCGGCGGAAGUAUGGCGAGGGAGGCUCCGCCAGCACAAGCCGGCGGGCGUAUGAAAGGACAGCCACCCCCAAAGGAACACCAAUUCCUUUGUAUUUGGGGUUGCGGCAGAGAUGAGGCGACGGGGGCUCCGCCAGCAGAAGACCCCCCAACAGACGCCAACGUAUUUGGAAUUGGGGUUUCUGGAACGGGCCCACCACGCGGUUUCGGGGCACCCAAGAGGAGUUCGCGUUGGCGCCCCCGUGGAAGAUGAUUCGGACGAGUCCGUCGAAGACGAGUCUGGCAGGAGCGAGGACGAUGGAAGACCUCGCCGAGUGGCUCGGCGGGUCACGGGCACCUGUGCGCACUGCGGCGCCGUGGACGCCAUCAAGCGGUGCUCCCGCUGCCAGGGCGCGUGGUUCUGCGGCCGCGCCUGCCAGGCCGCCGCGUGGCCCGCGCACUCGGUGAGCUGUUUCGCCCGGAGCGAGACGGAGGCGUGGUGGGGCAAGCUGGGCGGCAGCACGGCCGUGGGUCGGCCAGACCUCGCCGGGGUGCUGCAACAGCGGCUCGAGUUUAGGAGGGCGGUGGCGGCCACGCGGGAGCGGCGCCAAGCUGCGGCGGCCGCCGCGGCGCAGGCCGCAGCGGCAAGGGCGCGGGAGGGGCAGGCGAAGGGCGGGAAGGGCGGGAAGGACCAGGGUGACAAGGAGGAGACUUGCGCCGUGUGCCAGUGCGAGUUCACGGUCACUGGUGACUCUGGGGACGGCAUAUGCUGCCCGUCGUCCCACUUCUUGUGCAGCGAGUGCACGGGCGUCUUUGUCCAGAGUGUCAUGAACGACCUGGAGGCCUCGUACCCACCGAAAUGCUCGAUGUGCAGGGCCGAGAUCCCCAUCCAAGGGUUUGAGCGGCAGCUGAGCCGCCAGCAGCAGCACAUGCUGGCCGAGUUCGUCACGCAGCGAUCGCUGGCCGCGAGCGAGACCAUGCUCAAGUGCUCGUGCGGGUACAUGGAGGUCAGGACGGACAUGCCAGUCUUGUGGUGGUGCCCCGUCUGCAGCCGCGGCGAGUGCCAGGUCUGCAACCAGCUGCUCCCGAGCACAGACCGCGGCCUGUCAGCCCUUAGCACCGACACGUCCGACGGAGGUCUCAAGCUGGACCUUCUGCUGAGACCCCACAUCGUGGGCUGCGCGAGCCUGCGCGGCGCGAAGCAGAAGGUGGACAAGGCCAUGGAGGCCGGCCAGAAAAUGCCGUGCCCGGGCUGCGGCCUUGCCGGCAUGAAGGACGAGGCGUGCACUCACAUGAAUUGCCCGCGCUGCCAGACGUCCUGGUGCUACCUUUGCGGCCUGUCGGCGCACGACUGCGACAAGAAGCCACCGAGGCCAGGGCAGCGGCCCGAUGACAUAUUCCUUCACAACGCCGACUGGGAGGUGAACUCGAAGCGCUGCCCCAUGUACCUGACGCAGAUCCUCGAGGUGGACCCCGCAUGGCUGGGCGCCGACUUCGAGGAGGGCGACGAGGUCACCGACGACAGGUGUUUGGCCUACUUCCACAGGUGGAGGACCAUCAAGCUCCUGCAGGAAGUGCGCGAUGACGUUGGCGCGGACACCUUCGAGCAGGUGUGGCUCCAUUUCGCCAGCGUGCGCCGCGCUGGCUACGAGCUCGAGGACAUUGUCCACACAGACACCACCAUGCUCAUCGAUCGCGACGCCUACGGCGACGACUCCGAGGAGGACGACCUUCUGGGCGUGGACGGGUACGACUCCGAGCAUGAGGAUGGGGACGAGCCCGAGAGCGAGUAUGCCGAGAGCGAGUAGGCUCUCGCGCUCGGAACGGCUCCUCGGAGGAAGGGAGGAGAGAGAGGGGGGGAGGAGAACCAUCCCUCCUCCUGCUCCCUCAUGUUCCCUCCUAUUCAUGUUCCUCCUCCUCCUCCGCCGCCUCCCAUAUCUCUCACUUCCCUCCUGUGUCCGCCACCCUCCCCAUUGUACACAACUCCGCCCGUCCGCUGUUGUGGCGCGCCCACCGGCCGAUAGUUGACGACAAUGAACGCAGCGUGCGAACAUGUUUUAGCCUGCUUCUCUGGUGCAGGACGGGAAAUUUUAAAGGACAGACAGUCCCGCCCCGUGGCCCGUCGAAGAGCGAUAAAUUCAUGGUGCCUCUCCUUUAUGCGCCAGAGCCAUAUCUGUACAUUAAUGUAGAUGGGAGGUAUGUAUACAGAUCACUUUAGGCUUGAUGCAUCGCUGGUGGGGUUUGUUCGGGUUGGCCUUGUAAAAUGCUGUGGCCUUGGCUGUGCUCAACGAGCAUGGUGAUAUCCCAGAGCUCCUUUUGGACGCACCACCUCCGCUUGACGAGCUGGAGGUGGUGUAACCCUUCUCCUCCUCCUCUUCAUUGGGCGUUGCUUAGCGUGUCUUCCGUCGCACCCUUGUUUCACCGCUUCCUGGUUUUCAAGUGAGCCUUUGAGCUGGCGAAUCGUGGAGAUGAUCAUGGAGGGAAGGGAGAAGAAGAGG